GCGCAGCACGGCUUCCUGCUGCGCGACCCCAGCGAAGCUCCCGAGACCCGGAGCGCUCUGCUGGAACUGCUGACCACGUGCCAGGAGGCGCCGCGUCCGCAUCUGGGCGAGUUCGAGGCCAACCCGCAAGGCCAGCUGUGGCAGCACCUCUGGGCCGUGCAAGACGGCCAGUGGCUGCCAGUGGGCCGCGCACGGGUCGUGCCCGCGCCGGAGCCCCCGCUGCACCCGGUAGUGCCAGACCUGCCCGACUCCGUGGUCUUCCCAGACCGAGAGGCCGCCCGGGCCGUUUUGGAGGAGUGUACACCCUUUAUUCCUGAAGCCCGGGAAGUGCUUAACCUGGUGGACCAGUGCCCAAAGCAGGUCCAGAAAGGAAAGUUCCAGGUUAUUGCCAUCGAAGGACUGGAUGCCACCGGUAAAACCACAGUGACCCAGUCGGUUUCAGAUGCACUCAAGGCUGUCCUCUUAAAGUCACCGCCCUCUUGCAUUGGCCAGUGGAGAAACAUUUUUGAUGAUGAGCCAACUAUCAUUAGAAGAGCUUUUUACUCUUUGGGCAAUUAUAUUGUGGCUGCUGAAAUAGCUAAAGAAUCUACCAAAUCUCCUGUGAUUGUAGACAGGUACUGGCACAGCACAGCCACCUAUGCCAUAGCCACUGAGGUGAGUGGAGGUCUUCAGCACCUGCCCCCAGCCCAUCACCCUGUAUACCAGUGGCCAGAGGACCUGCUCAAACCCGACCUUGUCCUGCUGCUCACCUUGAGUCCCGAGGAGAGGGUACGGAGGCUACAGGGCCGGGGCAUGGAGAAGACCAGAGAAGAAGCAGAACUCGAGGCCAACAGCAUAUUUCGUCAAAAGGUAGAAAUGUCCUACCGGCGGAUGGAGAAUCCUGAUUGCCACGAGGUUGAUGCCAGCCCCUGCAGAGAAAAGGUCCUGCAGACGAUUUUAAGCCUAAUUCAAAAAUAGC